AUGAUGGUGGCGAUGCCCCCUGAUGCUAAUGUUAGUGGUCAACUCGAUAACAGUUCAACAUCGAAAGGAUUCCAUCUCAAAGCCAGUGAUGACUUCGAAGUGGGCGCAUCAGGUGGUGGCUUCAACCUCACAGCAGGAGAUGCUAAUGUUAGUGGUCAACUCGAUAAUAGUUCAACUUCGAAAGGAUUCCAUCUCAAGGCCGGUGAUGAUUUCGAAGUGGGUGCAUCAGGUGGUAAAUCAGGUGGUGGCUUCAACCCUCAGAAAAAAGCGAAAUACUAA